CUGCACUGUUAUGUGGGUCUUUGUUUUUGUGUAACAUGCCACACAGUCGAGGGGAAGUUCAGGUGGACCAAUCACAUAGCAGCAGAGAGAGAGAGAGAGAGAGAGAGAGAGAGAGAGAAGGAAGGGAAGAGAAAGUCAGCCAUUUAAUACUACACCGUGAAAAUGAAAAAUCUUCCAGCAAGACAGCAAAACUGCCACAUUCCUGGCAUAGCCCUCCUCCUCUUCCUCCUCCAACUCCUCCUCCUCACAGAGGCGGCCACCGGCAUGGACAAACACACCUUCCUGUACUUCGCCUACGGAAGCAACCUCUUGAAGGAGAGACUGCAGCUGAAGAACCCCUCUGCCACGGUGCACUGUGUGGCCAAGCUCAAGGACUACAGGCUGGUGUUUGGGAACCACCAGGGCUUACCCAGUGACCGCUGGCAUGGGGGAGUGGCCACGAUUGAGCACAGCCCCGGGGACGAGGUGUGGGGAGUGGUGUGGAGGAUGAACGUGGCCGACCUUGAAUCCCUAGAUAGACAGGAGAAUGUGAGACUGGGAGCCUACAGCCCUGUGGAGGUGUCUGUCUCCACAAGGGGCCAGGAGCUGAGCUGUCGUACCUACAUCAUGAACAGCUGUGUUUAUGCCCCCCCGUCUCCCCAGUACUUAAAGGUAAUUGUGAUGGGGGCAGAGCAGAAUGGAUUGCCAAAGGACUACCAGGAAAAGCUGAAGGCCAUUGAGACCAACAAGUACGAAGGACCCCUACCGGUGAUGGAGGAGCUGGACCGUGUUCUGAAGAUGGCAAAGGAGAAGCCCACCAUCAGCCCCACAUAUAACAACUGCCCUGGAAUGGGAUAACUGUGUUUCCAAACUGUGCCAAGUUUGUCCGAAAUUGGGAUAGUGAAGUCCUGUGCAUUCAUCAGGUCCAAUGUAUGGAAAAAUAUCAUCUGCCAGCCCCAGCCCCAAUUACAUAUAUAUCCAUAAAUACAGUGCUAAUGUAAUGAAAGGCAGUUAUGGCAGGAUAAUUGUGAUUCAAAAUACAGGUGACAUCAUUGAGCGCUGAAUGAUUUAAGGCAAUCAAAACAAUGAAUUAAUCAGCAAUCAAAACCAGCAAAUCGAGAGUCAACUGGGGACAAAUUGGAAAAACUAUCCUCUGAUCCCCAAAGAAGAUGGUCGAUAGAAACGUGUGGGAAGGAAAACAGUGUAUUUGAAAAAAGUGGAAUGCUUUUAAGUAAAAGCAUUACAACAGUAGAAGACAAGAACUGCAAAAAUGAUCAUUACACAAUCACAUGUUAAAAUGAUAAGGAUGUUUAGGUCCAAAUACAAUAAAAAUCUUCCAAAAUGUU